AUGGACGGUAGAAAUGAAAAACCAACCACUCCUGUGUCAGAUUUUCGGGUGGGAAGCUCCGAGCAAAGUCAAGCGGGAGUGAAUCUUGAAGAUAGUAGUGACCAUCGCACUUCCAAUUCAGCCGAGAGCAAAAAAGGCAAUUUAAGUGGUAAAAGCAUCAGUGAUCUAGGUAUUUCUAAUAAUGAUAACAAAAAUGUAAGAUUCACUGCUGAUACGGAUGCUCUAGAAAAUGAUUUGUCUUCAAGAUCUACAGAAACCAGCGAUAAUUCUAAGGGCACAGAUGGACAAGAUGAAGAAGAUAGGCCUGCUCGCCACAAGAGGAAGCCUAAAGUUUCUUUCACACAUUUAAGGAACAAUGGUAAGGAUGGAGACGAUGAGACGUUCAUCAAGAAGAUAAUAAAUAACCUGACUGGAAAUCAAGGGGGUUUGGUCCCUGGCUUGGCACCAAUACCUUCAGAAAAUGAAAAUGGGAAGAAUGAUAUAGAAAAAAAUAACCGUAAUGAAGAAAUUCCCUUAUCCGAUCUAGCUGAUGCGUCUAAAAUCGUAGACGUUCAUGAGGGCGACGAUAAAGAAAAACUGGAGGCUCUCAAAUUAGAAGGUGACGUAAAUUGUACGUCGGAUGGCGAAACGUUAGGCUCAAGUUCAAAAAAUUCAUUUCUGGCUCCUGCAGUGGAUCAUUUUGAUGAUUAUGCAGAAAACAAUUCAUCCGACGAUAACGAAGGGUUUAUUGAAACCUCCACAUACGUACCCCCUCCAUCUCAAGUGAAAAGUGGAGUACUAGGGUCAUUAUUGAAACUUUACCAAAAUGAAGAUCAAAAUUCAAGCUCAAUCUUUUCAGAUUCACAAGCUGUAACAACAGAUGAUGAAGGUAUUUCUUCUACUGCUGGAAACAAAGACGUACCAGUUGCCAAGCGUAGCAGAUUACAAAAUUUAAAAGGCAAGGCUAAAAAAGGCAGAAUGCCUAGACUGAAGAAAAGACUAAAAACUGAAGCGAAAAUUACGGUUCACAUUGCAGACAUUUUACAAAGACACCGGUUCAUCCUACGCAUGUGUAGAGCUCUUAUGAUGUAUGGUGCUCCGACGCAUAGGCUUGAAGAAUAUAUGGUUAUGACUUCUAGAGUCCUUGAAAUAGAUGGUCAGUUUUGUAUCUUCCAGGUUGUAUGA